UGUUUGUUCAUAUGCCCAUGCUGACUUUAUGUGCUUAUCGUGUGCCUCUACCAUCUAAAUUCAUACCCGAUUAUUUUGUUCACCUUACCGUCCACAAUCUCUAAUCCAUCUCAAUUAGAUCUCAAAGAACACUUUACAAACAGCCUUUAUGCAGAAGUUAUAGGGAGUACGAGUAUUUUUCAACCAAGUGAUACUGGACAGCUAAUUCGAUAAUGUCGGGACAAAAUCAACCUCUUCAACGGGAAGAGCCCAAGGCUCAACCCUACCGAGCUGCUUCCCUUAAUGCUGCAACGCAGUACGGACAGUUAACAGCUGAACCUAGUCAUAUUCUGGCUCCAAAAGCCUCGACCGGUACAGAAAAUGGCCUACCAAUCCCUCCUUUCUUUGAAGAGCCCUCUCGCCUCAACGAUGAAUCUCCCUCCAAGUUUCAUGCUGGACAGUCGAGUCGACCUAAGAGCCUUCGCCCCUUCAUUCAAUCCAUCAUGGCCUUCAAACAUGGUCGAAAGUUCUCCAUGACUACUUCGGUACAUCGCAAACGGCGAUUAAGUAGCGCUGCUGAGAAGGAAGGUCAGUUUAGUCCGGCUCUCACGAGGCUAUACCUUGGUAUAUCAGCGGCUUUCUCAAACGACCAAACUGCACUCAUUGCCUUAGCCAUCAACGAUGGUGUCUACCUCACCGACUUCUCCGUCAAGCACCUUGACCUCAACGACAGUCAAGCGACUGGUCGAGAUGUCAUUGCAGACUACGUCCUCAAAGAGGUUGAGGAUUAUGAGCACGAGAAUUUUGCCAAGUUCAUCGGAGCCGGUCUACCAGCUACGCUUAGGAGUGUAAGCAAAACGCUAUGCUCUCGCUUGUGGCUAGAUCUGGAUAUUGUCCCGAUUACGGUACUUGCUGGGAGAGAGGAUGAGGAUGAGGAUGAAGAGGACAGGAAGGGCGAAAAGAACUUCUGGAAUGUGAAACGUGUUGACGAACAGGCUGAUUCAAUGGUUCGAAAAUGCGUUAUGUACUUUGGGCCUUCUCAAGCUCCUAUUCUGCAAGUUGGCUUUCGCGGUUUUGUCCAGACUGAUGUUGGGUUUCAGGCCACUUUAACGACUCUUCAGAACUACAAAGACACAUGUGGCGCCCCCACCUGGAAGACAAUGAUGACCUAUGCAGAGAAACUACGUUGCAACAAGACUCGUGUCGCAUUUUUCAGUUCUACUCCACAAGGUGGCGGCGUGGCGCUGAUGCGUCAUGCACUAAUCCGCUUUGCUCGUCGAAUAGGGGUUGACAUGUCUUGGUAUGUUCCAAAACCGCUUCCUAGUGCACUCAGAAUUACCAAGAAUAUCCACAAUGUCCUGCAGGGAGUGAGUCCUCCCAGCCAGCGCAUCACUGCUGAGGAAAAGGAGGUCGUCAUCCAUUGGAUUACCGAAAAUGCAUAUCGAUACUGGUUCUCGGAGUCCGGCCCACUACGCCCAAUGGAGGAAGGUGGUGCUCAUGUCAUAAUUAUCGAUGACCCACAAAUGCCAGGUUUAAUUCCUCUGAUCAAAAGGUUUACUCCCGAUCGGCCAGUUCUGUAUCGCUCUCACAUCCAAAUCAGGAGUGACCUAGUUGCUAAAGACGGCUCGGCCCAGGCUGAUAUUUGGGAAUUCUUGUGGAGCAACAUACAACUGGCGGACAUGUAUAUCAGCCACCCAAUUCCUUUAUUUGUUCCUCAUACAGUCCCCAGAUCAAAAAUAGCCUAUAUGCCGGCUACCACAGACUGGCUCGAUGGUUUAAACAAGCCUUUAAAGGAUUGGGAUAUUGGGUACUAUGGGAACAUCUACAAUGCUAAUUGCCACGCACAAAGAAUGACCGAACUGCACUGGCCGGCGCGCAAGUACAUCAUUCAAGUCGCCCGGUUCGAUCCCUCAAAGGGUAUUCCAACAGUGAUAGAUUCAUAUGCCGAGUUUCGCCGCCAAUGCAAAGUAGCCGACAUCAAGGAUACUCCUCAGCUUGUCCUGUGCGGUAAUCAAUCUAUUGAUGAUCCUGACUCUAGCAUUGUCUACGAUCAAACGCUCAAUCAAAUAAUGUCGCUUUGCCCUGAACUCAUGGAGGACAUCAGUGUGAUGCGUCUAGAUCCAAAUGAUCAGUUACUCAACACACUGAUUUCUAAAGCCCACGUUGUCCUCCAACUCUCAACUAGUGAGGGCUUCGAGGUGAAGGUCUCAGAAGCAUUACAUGCUGGCCGGCCAGUCGUCGCAUCAAAGGCAGGCGGUAUUCCUCUUCAGGUCAAGCAUUCAAUCAACGGAUUCCUUGUUGAGCCUGGUGAUUGGAGGGCUGUUGCUCAUCACCUUAUGAAUCUGUUCACUAAUGAUGAUUUAUACGAAAGAAUGAGUCAUGCUGCAAGGACGGGCGUAUCUGACGAAGUUGGCACAGUCAGUAAUGCCUUGUGUUGGUUCUACCUAGCUUCCAAGUUGGCCGAUCUUGGAGCUCAAAAAUACGGCAAGGCCUCUUUGCAACCUAAUGAGAGAUGGGUUUACGAUAUGGCGAGGGAAGAGGCCAAUUGUCCAUACUCCGCUGAUGAGGAACGACUCCCACGUUGUUAUACCGAGGCUAAGAACGUCGACUCACUAGAAUCUGGUUCUCUUAGCUAGAACAUUAUGAACCGGCGUAGAAGCUUGAAAGACAUCUCUAAAUUGAACACGGUGGAGCAUAAUUGUGGUUGACAGACCUAUAGUUUUAAUUGCAACGUUAAACUAGCUGCCUAGAAUCCUUAGUGUAUACCUAAGGAUAAUAGGUGAUACGACACAAUGUAUACCUGCACAAGCCGACAUAAUGCGUCUACACUGUGACGUGCAUAUUAGGGGGGUCUUGAUUAUAAUGUAUGUGACGUAGGCAUAGAGGCAGUUAACGAGUGACCCAAUCUGUCAGACAUUACGUGUAUUCGGUUCAUUGAUUGUGUUCUGUUGAAUUCUGCCCCUUAGAGGUUUUACCAU